GCCUGAGGAGGGCGUGGCCUAGGACUCCGCCCCCUUCCGCGGGCUCAAAUUGCGUGGCGUCCGUGGAGGCGGGGUCAGAGCACAGCGGCGGAUCUUAACGCGGCUCCGGGAGGCUGCGGAGCAGCGGCCCAUCUGGGCACUCAGGAACAGACACCAUGGAUUCCUUCAAGGUAGUGCUGGAGGGACCAGCACCUUGGGGCUUCCGGCUGCAAGGGGGCAAGGACUUCAAUGUGCCCCUCUCCAUCUCUCGGCUUACUCCUGGGGGCAAAGCUGCACAGGCUGGCGUGGCCGUGGGAGACUGGGUGCUGAGCAUCGAUGGCGAGAACGCAGGGAACCUCACGCACAUUGAGGCCCAGAACAAGAUCCGUGCCUGUGGGGAGCGCCUCAGCCUGGGUCUUAGCAGAGCCCAGCCUGUUCAGAGCAAACCACAGAAGGCCCUGACCCCUCCCGCCGACCCCCCGAGGUAUACUUUUGCACCAAGCGCCUCCCUCAACAAGACGGCCCGGCCCUUUGGGGCACCCCCACCUACUGACAGCACCCCGCAGCAGAAUGGGUGCAGACCCCUGACAAGUCAACAGUUGCUCAGACAGCUGGUCCCCGAUGCCAGCAAGCAGCGGCUGAUGGAGGAUACCGAAGACUGGCGGCCACGGCCGGGGACAGGCCAGUCCCGCUCCUUCCGCAUCCUUGCCCACCUCACGGGCACAGAGUUCAUGCAAGACCCGGAUGAGGAAUACAUGAAGAAGUCAAGGGAAAGGUAUGUCCUGGAGCUACAGAGCCCACGCUAUACGCGCCUCCGGGACUGGCACCACCAGCGCUCUGCCCACGUGCUCAACGUGCAGUCGUAGCCUGGCCAUUGCCAGCCUGCUGCCCUCUGCUGUCCUUUCUCUGCUACUCCCUCCGAGGGCGCCCCAUUGGUGCCCCAAGCUUUGCCUACCGCUUUCAUGUUCCUGACCUGAACCUCCUUCUGGCCUGGUCCUGGCAAGCCCGCCUGGCACAGGGCCUGGCUUCGUCUGACACUGCCUUCCCUCUUGGCCCUGUGGUACUACUGUCUGCCAGGUCUGCACUGCCUUGAGCAUGAAAAUAAACGUUCUCAGCCCUGC